GUUUCCAGAGAAAAAAGCAGACAUUAAAAAACAGAGGAGAGAAAAUUUUGAACAUCAAUAACGAAAGUAAGUUUUCAAAAAACAUAGAGAAAAAGGAAAAAAGGUUUGAGAAGAAAUGGGAGAUAUUGUGUUGUUUGUUGAUGAUUUAUCAUCAAAUUCUUCAAUUUCACACUGUAGAAUUUGCCAUGAAGAAGAGUUUGAAAGCUUUAAGAGCUUGGAAGUUCCCUGUGCUUGUUCUGGCACUGUUAAGUUUGCACAUAGAGAUUGUAUCCAGAGGUGGUGUAACGAGAAGGGAAACACAACUUGUGAAAUUUGUCUUCAGGAAUAUAGACCAGGAUAUACAGUAACAGCACCUUCAAAGACGUCUCGGCUGAUUGAAGCUGCAAUAACCAUCAGAGAUAGCUUACAAAUCCCAAGAAUAGAGGUUGAGGCACAACACCAAAGAUUAGUGGCUUUAGCUGAAAGAAUGAAUGUGGAAAAUGAAGAAUUCUCUCAAUGUACUUCAGCUGCGGACAGAGGCGCCUCUUGCUGCCGAUCACUGGUCCUCACUUUUACUGUGGUUUUGCUCAUUAAACAUGUCUUUGCUGUACUUAAUGGCGAAACAGAUCAUUACCCAUUUGCACUGCUUACUAUACUGUUUUUUAGAGCUACUGGAAAUUUACUCCCAAUGUACAUAAUAAUUCGGACAAUUACAGCUUUCCGAAACAGCAUUCGGCGACAAUAUCAUGCAUCUUUCGAGGAUACCUCCAACUCUGAUGAUGAAGACGAUGUUGAGCAGCGGCAGUAACUUCACGUUGUCUCACAAUCUUAUCGUGUUCUCCAAUUGCUUCGCAUUUGUAAUAAUCUGAGCAUUACGCUAUUGCUCUUCUUGUCCAAAUUCCCCCCAUUUUUUAGCAUCAAUAGAAAA